GCAGAUUAUUACCUUUUUCUUCCUUUCUUUCUUGCCUGCCUUAUUGAAACACCGCCAACAACAAACGUGUGAGUCGUGAGAGAAGAUCAUGUCUCGCACGUGCUCUCAGUGUGGGAACAACGGCCACAACUCCCGCACAUGCUCGGAUGUCAGCGGCGGAGGCUGUGGUGGCCCGAUCGCCGAAAACGGCAUCAUGCUUUUCGGUGUUAGAGUCACGGAGGGAAACGCGUUCAGGAAGAGCGUCAGCAUGAACAACUUGUCCCAGUAUGAGCGGCCUCAGCAGGCCGACACAAACGCCGAAGAGGGUUACGCUUCCGACGAGGUCGUCCACGCCUCUGGACACCGCCGCGAGCGCAGGAGAGGUGUUGCGUGGACGGAGGAGGAGCACAAGCUGUUCUUGGUGGGUUUACAGAUGGUAGGGAGAGGAGAUUGGAGGGGGAUAUCUAGGAACUUCGUGAAGACUCGUACGCCGACUCAGGUGGCGAGUCAUGCUCAAAAGUACUUCCUCCGGCGCAACAACCAUAACCGACGACGCCGCAGAUCUAGUCUCUUCGACAUCACCACCGAUACCCCCUUGAAUUCAUUGAUGGAAGAAGAUCUAGGCGAAACCUCACCAUCAGUUGUACCAGUAUUGCCAUUCCCACCACAGCCACACUCUAAUUUGGGUUGCAAUAUUCUUGGAGGGUUUCCAGUUUCGACUUUUCCGGCAGCCCUACCUGUCACUGGUGAAAGCUCACCAAUACAAAGUAAGCUGAUAUCAUCAGGAUUAAACAUGAAGUCGUUACAAGACAUGCAGCAGAGCCAGACAAAAGUCUCACAAACAACUACUAAGCCCAUCCGUCCGAUCCCACUUCAUCCUCCGGUUGUCCCUCCAUCUUCUAAACUGGCCGGUUUUAACUUGAAGAAUAAGAACUCAUCGUCACCCACUAGAGACCCACUGCCAUUGUCUCUGAAGCUCUCUACGACUCCAUCCCAGGAGCAAUCGCCCACGACGACGUCGCAUUCGUCUACGUUUCAAGCCAUGUCUAGUGGCUCUGAUAGUAUCAUUAGCGUUGCUUAAAUUAAUUAUUGAACAAUUUGAACUCCAUGUAUGUCCUACUUGUUUAUUAUAUAUAUACGGC